AUGGGGUUUAUGGAGCUGUACCUAGAGAUCGACCCUGUCACCCUGAACCUCAUCAUCCUCGUUGCCUCCUACGUGAUCCUGCUGCUGGUCUUCCUCAUCUCCUGCAUCCUCUACGACUGCCGUGGCAAAGACCCCACUAAAGAGUACACUCAGGAGGCCCCCAUCACCGCUGAAGCCCCCCCACAGAGCCCCAUCCACCUGCUGGUCAUGCAGAACUCUCCCGCAGGACAGAGGGAGAUCACACCAGGACAGAGGGAGACAGGACUGAGGGAGACCGCCACAGGACCGAGGGAGACCGGGGGAGAGACUGGAGACAAGAGGAGUACUCUGGUCUGA